AUGGCUUCUCAAGCACGAGAUCUUAGAAGGUUUGUGGAAUUUGGACGCAAAAUUAUCGGCGUGGGUAAAAACUACAGGUUAGUUUCGUUUUUUUUUUAUUUUUUCCCCUUUCAGUAUCUCAUUUGUAUACUUUUUUUUAAUUUAGGCCCAACGGAUCGCCACAACAGCCCCCUCCUGCUCAAGAUCCCCUAAUUUUUUUAAAACCACCGUCAACAUAUUUGAGUCCAGGGGGGAAAUUAAGGUAAGUUCUCGAGAUAAUGUAAAAGGUAUCAGUAGGAUCGAGAUUUGAAAAGAUAUUAAGAUGUCACUAGCGAUGAUGUGUUUUGGUUUUUAAUCAGUUCGGUCUCAGAUUGGGGAUUCCCUACACGGUUUACUACGUGGCAUCCCUUUGAGAGAAAGUAAGAACUUAAUAGUCACUUGUUUCAACCGACCAAGUCUUCCGAGUUCACUCAGAAAGCGAGGUGAUCACGUUUAACGCCAGAUUUAUAGACAUUUUUGUUUAAAACAACCACUUAAUUAUGUCGUGGAAUGUGCGCUAUCCAUAGAGGGAAUUUUGCACCUCAAGUAGCCAAUAAGAACAGGGGAUUUGCACCACCAUGUUCAGAACAGGGGAUUUGCAUCAUCAUGUUCUUUUAACUAUAUGGAACCACCCAUGUAAUUAAGAAUGUUGGAAGUCAGCUCUUGGCAUGUGUUACAUAUGAAUUAAAUUGCAUCCAAAACAGUUCAUAAUCCUAAGAGGGUGCUAAAACAUAGUUGUACACUUCCUUGCAUAUCUACAUGUUCAGAGAUUUUUUGGUCAAACAAUAUGAUCUACUAGUGUAUGUUUGUCUUUGAAUCAUUUUUUUUCAACUCUUCCAACAGAUCCCAGUGGGCCGUGAUCAGAUUUAUCAUGAAGUAG